AUGGCUUUACGGGGUCAUACAGAUGACAAUUCAAAUUUUUAUCAAUUAUUAAAACUACGAUCGAAUGAUUCAAAAGAAUUGGAAGGGUGGCUCAUACGUACAAAAUGUAAAUGGAUAUCACAUGAAGUGCAAAAUGAGAUCUUAAGUUUAUUAUCACAGUACGUCCAAACUUAUUUAAUUAACCAAAUUAAAAGUGCGAAGUACUUUUCAAUUAUUAUAAAUGAAACAACUGAUAAUACUUGCACAGAACAAGUGUCGAUUUGUUUUCGUAUAGUUGAUGACAAUUUCAAUAUAUCUGAACUAUUUUUGGGGUUUUUUGAUACUGAAUAUACUAAUUCUAUAGCGUUGUUUACUUUAAUAACUAAUGUUUUAACCAAAUUUGGACUAGCAAUAUCCGACUGCAGAGGUCAGUGUUAUGGCGCUGCAAAUGUAAGUGGCCAUAUAAGUGGCCUCCAAAAACGAAUUGUUGAAUUAGAAAACCGAGAUAUUUAUGUCCAUUGUGUAGCACAUACACUAAAUCUUGUGGUUCAAGAUGCCAUGUUAAAAAUUGAUAAAUCACGAGAUUUUCUAUCAAUGAUCAAAUCAAUCAUAGUGUUUGUACGUAGUUCUCCUAAAAGACAGGCAAUAUUUAAUACUCUUCAAGCUGAACAAGAACAAGACAUAAUUAAUUGCAAAACUCUUCGUCCAUUUUGUCCAACAAGGGGGUGUAUGAGAAUUAAAUCUCUUAAAACGUUGUAUGAUAAUUAUGCAGUAUUAAUAGAAUUUCUUCAUAAUAUUUCAAAGGAAAAAAAUGAAAAUGGGGCAAAAGCCAGUGGUUAUGGUAAACAAUUACUUAGUUUUGACUUUUUGUUUUAUACAAAAGUUAUGAUUAUUAUUUUUGAAAGGGUUGAAAUCCUAAAUGCAGAACUUCAAAGAAUAUCUUUAAGUUUUCAAGAAGCACAAUUAAAAAUUGAAAACAUCAUGAUAUCUAUUCAACAACUAAGAGAUACUGGAUUUGAUGACUUAUGGGAACAAGUUUUAGUAAAAUCUAGUGAGCUAAAACUGAAAAAGCCAAAUGAACAGAGAAUAAAAAAAACUCCUAAGAAAUUACUUCAAGGUAAUAGUGAAGGGCAUACAUUUUCAUCAGUUAGAGAAAAAUACAAAACUUCUAGAUGUUACAUUAUCAUCAUUAAAUGA